GCUCGCCGGGAGUACCAGAUUGGGAUUCCAAGCGUUGUACUUCUCAUCGAUAAGUAGCAGGCGUUGAAACCUAUUUUCUUCUGUUGGAUCCUUAGUUGGUGGCUGGCAAGAUGUUGGACUUCAAAGCUUUCCUGGUUUUCGCUUGUGCCGGCUCAUCAUGGGCUGCGGUAGUAAGAUCUGCAUUACCAAUUGUCGAUUUGGGUUAUGUGUUACAACAAGCGACUAUCAAUGUAAACAAACUCCCAUUUCCAUUCAAUUGACUGCCGAAUAAGUUUCUAACUGUCACCAGGAAACCGGCCAAUACUACAAUUUCUCCAACAUCAGAUAUGGAGCUGCUCCAGUCGGGAAUCUUCGAUUCGCAGCACCAGUUCCACCAACCACCAUCAAUCGCACCGUGAACGAUGGUCAAACAGCAAACAUAUGCCCUCAAGCUGGCCCAUACUGGUAUCAGAUUAUGACAAGUUAUCUUAGUGGAGUCGAUAUUACGACAUUGGGAUUCAUUGCUGCUCAAGUAAAUGCUGCAGCAGAUGCCUUGACAAUUGCCAGCGUCCCAGAACCAGAUCCAAGAGAAACAGAGGACUGCUUGUUUCUCGAUGUGAUGACGCCCGUUGACGCUUUCAAUGGAGGCAAGAAACUUCCAGUUCUUGUUUGGAUAUAUGGAGGAGGAUUCACAACUGGAUCUAAAACCAGUGCCGGAAACCCAGCAAGCUUGAUCGCAAAGGCAAAAGAAGAUGCUGGUGAAGGUGUAGUUUUCGUCGCCAUCAACUAUCGUUUAGGUCUUUUUGUAGGUGCUGCAAGUCAAAAAGUCAUAUCUCCAAAAAGCUAAUUUCAUCAUAGGGGUGGCUACCAGGUUCCACAUUCGCUGGCCAGGGAGGACUUCCAAAUGCCGGGCUUUAUGAUCAACGUCUUGCCCUCGAGUGGAUAGCCGCGAAUAUUGGCCGAUUUGGAGGCGAUAGCUCUCGCGUAACUGUUCUAGGCGAGUCUGCCGGAGGAGCUUCGAUUAUGCACCAAAUCACUGCAUUUGGUGGAGCAAAAGCACCUUUCCAAAAAGCGAUUAUGCAAAGCCCAGGAUUUAGUGUCACUCCCGCAGACGCUCAACAGGAAGCUGUUUACAAUACUGUACUUUCUGAUGCUCAGAGUCUGAUUUCGACAAACAUCACAGAUGUAUCAGCUCUUCGUGCUCUCGACUCCAAGACCAUAGCUGCCUUGAACUACAUUGUCAUUGCAAGAUCAGAAUAUUCUUCAUUUACUUUUGGCCCUGUAGUUGAUGGGACCUUCGCACCCAAACUUCCUGGUGUUCUUUUGGAAGAGGGCAAGUUUGACAGCAGUGUUGAAGUGAUGACAGCCCACAACUCAAACGAAGGCAUUGUCUUCACUUCGCCAUUCCUCGAUACGGAGGAUGAAUUCAAGGCUGCACUUGAGAAUCAACUUUCCACAGCAACAACCGAUGCCAUCGACUACAUUACGAACACACUUUACCCAGCUGUAUAUAAUGGCUCAUAUCCGUACACCAAUGUCAACCAAAGAGCGACCCUGUUCGCAGCUGAGCUGUCAUUCACUUGCAAUACGCGAUAUCUCAACACAGCCUUCUCCAAUGAAACGAGCUCCUACUAUUUUGCUGUUCCCCCGGGACUGCACGGCCAAGAUAUUGCAUACACUUUCUUCAAUGGGGAUACCACGACGUUGAAUGAUGGAUCCCCAGUAAAUGCGGCAACGGCAAACCUCUUACAAAAAUACAUUGCCAACUUUGCAACUAGCGAGAGCGCAGAUCCCAACGGUCCCGGGCUGCCAUACUUUCCUGUGUACGGAAAUAAUGCAACUGUCUUGGUUCUAGAUUUGGCAGCCCAGGGACAGUUGGCGGUGGACAGUGCUGCAAACGGACGAUGUGCUUGGCUUCAGAAGGCUUUAUAUGCAUAG